CCAUGCUCAAACAUGCUCGAACGCGCCAGCGCGCUGCAGAUGAAAAACCAGCGUUUUCCGUGGUUUUCCGAUUGCUCGUUGCUUCCUGUUUCAACGUGGGUUCAGCCACUUCAGCUGCCUUCGACUACUUUGCCAAUCAAUCAACAAGCGAGGGAGGAACAUGCUGGCGGUUAGUACGGGCGAGAAGUAACCGAUGAGAAGGCUGACGUUGUUGUUUCAAGCCGCAAAGGCCAUGGCGACUGCACCCACACCUCGACACCGCGCGGUGGUGCUUGUUGACAUGGACUGCUUCUACGUCCAAGUGGAGCAGCGACUGGCUCCCGACUGGAACGGCAAGCCCUGCGCAGUGGCACAGUACAACACUUUCCAGGGGGGAGGGCUGAUAGCGGUCAACUAUGAGGCCAGGGCAUAUGGGGUCAAGCGCGGCAUGAGGGGCGAGGAGGCCGCCAAGUUGGCCAAGGAUCUGCACCUGUUCCGAGUGCCAGAGGUCAGGGGCAAGGCGGACCUCACCAGGUACCGGGAUGCAGGCGCCGAGGUCCUCUCCGUGCUGUGCCAAUUCAGUGAAGUGGUGGAGCGAGCCAGCAUAGACGAAGCGUAUCUGGACCUCACGGAAGCUUGCAAGGGGGUGCCAUUGCCGCAGAGCGCGGAUGCCCUGGCCAACACGUUCCUGGGCCAGACGCCCAAGACUGCCUCGCAGAGUGGGGUCGACGAUGCCAAAGCCGAGCUUGUGGCCUGGCUGUCCGACAUCGAAGACCCCGACUGCCCGGAUGCCCUGCUGGCACGAGCGGCUGCGCUCACAGAGCAGAUACGGGCGGCCGUCUUCGCUCAGACCGGUUUUCGCUGCUCCGCUGGGAUUGCACACAACAAGGUACUGGCGAAACUGGCUUGUGGUCUGCACAAGCCCAACAAACAAACAGUCCUGACUGAGACCGGGGUGCCAGUCCUGUUUGCCACGCUUCCUGUUCACAAACUGCGCAAGCUUGGUGGCAAGUUGGGCCAAGAUAUUCAGAACCUCCUCCAGGUGGAAGUGGUGGCUGACGUGUUGCGGUUCUCCCAGGAUCAGCUCUCGACCCACUUUGGCCACAAGACGGGUACAUGGCUGUAUCAGCUUGUUCGUGGCAUUGACCUUGAGCCAGUGACUCCCCGCAAACUGGCCCAGUCCAUCGGUUGUGGCAAGAACUUCCGGGGCAAGCUCGCCCUUGACACGACAGCCAAGGUGAGGCACUGGCUGGAGCAGCUGUCUGAAGAGCUGGUCGAACGACUCCUGAGGGACCGGGAACAGAACCACCGGAUUGCCCAGUUGUUGGUGAUUAGUGUGCGGAAAGUGGGACAGGAAGGUGGCACUUCACGGUCCUGCCAGCUGAUCGCCUAUGACGCUGCCAGGGUUAUGAAGGAUGCGUUGGCCACUGUGAUGAAGCUGAAUACAACUGCUGGAGCAUCUAGAGACACCUGGACGCCACCGUUGACAAACGUCUCAUUAGCAGCGACAAAGUUUCGGGACAGCUUAGAGGAUGGAUCUCAGGAAAUCUCCAAGUUCCUUGUGCGACAGUCGAAGAAGGCUGACGAGCCCAAGAAGCCAACGUCGGCACCACUGCCACCCACAACGCCGCAGAAAGGCCAGAAAAUUGCCAAAGAAUCGGAGGACGAGGGCAAAGGGCAUGAGACUAACGAGGGGCCAACACCAUCACAUUCCUUGGUAACACCCAAGAAAGAGGAGGAGCUGAAUGACACCCUUCCAUUUUCAGCAAAGCUCGCAAUGAUCCUCCAAAGCCCCCGAGAUCCUAGGAAGCGAAGUGAUGGUUCACCACCCCCAGUGGCAGAGCAACAUCGUGUGGAAGAGGUGAAACGCGUGUUACCCGUCAUGGUGUCAUCGACUUCUCCGAAAAAGAGUGUCAAGGUGACGGCAACCAAGACUAAGAAGACGUCUAAAAAGAGUGCAAAAAAGGCUACAUCAGAGGCUCCAAAACUGAGCUACUUUGAGAAGAUGUGGACGACCAAAAAUGAUGCGGAUGCAGAAGCAGCUUCCUGUGUCGACAGCUCAGUGCUCACUGCAAAUGCAGAAAUCGGCGUUUCUGUCAAUAGCAUCGAUGAUGCUUCGAAUGACGAGAGCCGAAAUUUGUGCGAUGCUGAUGUAUUGCCUGGGCCUGCCUUUCUUAAGGAGAACAGUGACGACUCGACACGCAGUUCGGUCCUCUCGAAUGUAGACAGCCCGAAACCUUCGACUGUUGCUGGAAGCGUGGAUACUGCUGACAAGACUUCCCCACCUACCUCAUUCGACGAUGCUGUGUGCUUUAUUGACACCAAUAGGGAUAUAGAGGGCGGUGUAGGGGGAAGUGAGGGUCAUCUGUCGAUAGACCCGAGUUUGUUGCACAAAUGUGAACAGUGCGGAAAGACUGUUGUGGUCUGGAAGAAAGAAGAGCAUGAUGACUAUCAUGUUGCACUGAACCUGAGCCGGGCUGAGCGUGUCGCUACAGCGUCUCCCAAAGUGAUGGCCACCAGUCGGAAACGAACUGCUUCAACGACGACAAAGAAAACGUCUCGAACGAAGAAAGCAUGUGCUGACAAAACAAGAACGUUGAAAGACUUUUUCUCGUGAUUGCAAUUAUGAAGUUUCUUACUUAAUUUAACAUGUUAAUAAUGGCCUUGUAGAGAUAUAUUUAUGUGAUGAUUUUCUGUGGCACUUCAGAGUGCUAUCUGACUUAUAUAGAAGUGAAAUCUGACGCAAGUGUAUAGAGCUUUCAGUACGGUGUAAUUUUUAUGCUUUUCUUAUGUAGACCCGGUAUAUAUUGUACAGAGGCUCACUGGCUCACGGUGAUUUUAUUCUUUAGCUUGUAUGUAAAAAUUUAGAUGGACUGUAUCCGCAAUUGCAUAUAUUUAUUAGCAUAGACGUUUGCAUGUGGCAUUUAAAAUUAUUUGUUGAACAUGUCCAAAGCUGUAUUGUUUUUUGUAUUUUUUGUUUAUGGAGAUCCAUGGCAAAUGUCUCAUUUCACCAGUUGUUGAAUUUAGAAGUACAGUCAACGACCGAUUUUCCGGACACCCUAUUUUUCGGACGUGCCCGAUAAUUCGAACGCCUUCGCGGCACAGCCACGUACCCCAUAAGGUCUAUGUAUAUAAACGUCUGAAAUUUCCGGCGCAAAAAACCUUCGCCGGUCCGAUUUUUCUGACUUUUUACCAUGACCGCAGGUCCGAAACGGCAUUAAUCAUUGGCACCACCGCUACCAUUUUGAUUAUCUCGCCUCCUCGAACCGGCACUCUCGCACGCACAUACGCUGGCAGCCGUAGCCACCGCCGCCGCAACGCUAGGCCUAGCUACUUCCAGUUUCACUACCAUGCUUCUUGCUGUUCAGUGCCACGUUUUUCAUUGAAAGAAUGCGCCGCUGUUAGCAAUGGCGCCAACUCGCGCCUUUGUAAUCCUUGCCAAUGUCUUUGAAGCUCGGCAAGCGCGGCGCGUUGCAUACUGCCGGUUCCCGAAAGUCAGCUUUGCCUCAAUACAGGAGUGUUACGCAGUGGAGCAUACGCGAAAUACUGCGAUGAAGCAUCCCAAGACAGGGAAGGGGCAAUUGUCGCAGGACACGGUAUCUAUUCCUUAAUUAUACACGCAUGUGCCUGCCGUCUCCUGUUCCAAUACGAGCGCUGCUACGCCUAAUAAGUAUGGCAAGCCGUCAUAGCUAUUUCGGACGUGCUUGUGGUGAUUUGAGCCCAAAGAGGCAGUAAAAGACACAUUCGUUUUUUUCGGACUUCCAGAUUUUUCGGACGUUCUUGUGGCCCUUUAGGGAGUUCGAAAAAGAGGAUGCUUGACUGUAAUUUACAAUUAUGUUUGAAUUCUAUUGACAAGAACAUUGUGAUCUUUGUACAAUCGCACCUCGUUAUAACGAAGUUGUAUCCGAUACGAAAAUGCCUUCCUUAUAUUCAAUAUUCAUCAUAAGUAUAUGCCGUAUUUACUAGCGCAAUUCCUGCACUUGCAUAAUGCUUGCACCCCCACACAUUGUCGACCAAACCUUAAAACUUUUUCUUUCCUCAAUUAUUCGUUGCACCCUUGAAAAUUGCUGCAGCGACUGUCUUCUGCUUGUUCUGGUCGGUGAUAAUGAUUGUGUAUUGACCCUUUUCGCGGAGCAGUUUGUUUUAGAGAAACGAGAUGGCGCUCCCGGCGGCGCGCCAUACCUCUCCUCAGCGACCGCGCACGAAUACGAAACCAUUACCGCUUCUACCUUGCUUCUGUGCGAUCAGCUGUCGGAAAUGCAACUGAGUUUUCGCUAACACACUGUGCUCCAAUCAUGCUAGAUUGAAUCAUGUAGAUUGAAGGCGUGUGCAGUAGUUGGCUGCAAAAAUAGUGACUGGCAUGUUAAGGAAUAGAAGGAAUCUGCGUGGCCAAGUUCGCGGACCGCUGCUGCAACUGUCCGAACGUGUUACCGGCACUUCGCGAUGUACGGCUUUCCUCAAAGAUAUAGAAAUUUGCUCAUCCGCCAGCCUUGUAUCGCUAACCUUCAAAGAAAGGGCUUCAUCCCCAGAACGUCGGAAAGAGUGAGUACCACUCGUUAAACGAUGACAAAGGGAGUGAGUAGCGCCGCUUCCUGUCAUAGUAAGUUUCGCGCACGUUAUCUAUGCACAUCUGUCCCAAAUGGCAGGAAAACUCACGCCCACUCUAUCGCCGACGUAUCAAGAAUAAGUGAAUGGGCGCACGCUUGAAUAUAUGUGCACUAUUGCACUAUAUACGCACAAUAAGUGACGGUGCUACAUCGAUAGCGCACGAAUGGUCGAAGCUGAAUGUUUCGUGACGGUCCACAAGAGUAAGCGAGUUACUAGCUGUAAUAUAUAUUUGCUACAAGGUAUUACAAUGUACAAAACAGCUACGUUUCAAGCCUUGUGCGCAGCAAGAACAAAUCUAUAGGAACUGAGCACACCCUCGAGCGAUUAGGCAGAAAAUGAUCAGAUAGUGGCCGCACUGAGGAACUUCACCGAGUCAGAAACUGACAAGCCACUGGUUGAAAAUAUUUGCCGUAUAAAGAACAGAGAGCAAAACACACUAAUCCUGACUGAAUUCAUAAUCGGAAAGCUUGCAUAGAUUGGAAUACAUAUUUAGCCCCGCUUUUAGAACAAGCACUAUAUACGUUGCUUGCAUCAUUUGAAGAUAUGUUAAUCAGCUCCGAAAGCGCGUUUGCAUGUUCUCUGAAGCUGUGAUCAAAGCUUCGUGUCAUUCACCUUGUCACCGUCUACGAUAUCUCCGAAAACAGAGGUUUUCUAAGCCGCGCCGGCGUCAUACACUUCCAUUGUAAACAAGGAGGCGAUGGAGGCAGUUGAGGCAAGCAAUGGACGCGUCACCACGUGAUCAAACAUGGCAGCGCCCACGGGAUCGCCGCGAAAAGGGUCAAUAGCAGCUGAGCACAUGGUCGGUGCAUGAAAUCACAAUUUAUUUAGAUUCAAACUGCAAGUGGCAAAGUGUCUGUGAUUACAGUGGAACCUCGUUGAUACGAUUUUGUGUAAACAUUUUUUGGGAUAAUCCGUUUUAUUUUUUUUCCUGGCCACCACCCCGUAGGAGCAAUGGAAUGCCUUUUCUGUUACCUAUUCCUGUUUUCUUUUCGCUCUCUCUCUUUUCCCUCUUUCCAACCCCUAUAUCCCCGACCCCAGUGCAGGGUAGCAAACCGGAAACUCGCCUCUGGUUAACCUCCCUGCCUUUCCUCUCGCUCUCUCUCUCAUGCAGUUGAUAUAAUAGUGCUUUCACCUGAAAUUGUAAAAUAUGACUGCAAACUGUUCUGAAACUCGCAGCUUUAUAUUCAAGUAUACGAGACUGUAAAUUACCUUCCAAUGACCCACGAACAACCUAUUAAGAGCCGGACACACUAGUGGCAAAAUGCGCGCCACAAAACCAGCCGCGAAGCAGGUUUUUCAUGCCACGGAAGGGAUCAGUCCUGGAGCAAUUUAAAUUGAGAGCUGCCCCUUCAAUGAGACCAAUGAGAGCUGCCCCUUCAGUGACGUAUGCGCUGCAAACUGGUGUCAUGCGGACCCGCUCGACCGCUAUUUUCGUAUUCACAUCUUGUGUCAGCCAGACCGCUUGUUCCGUAGUAUUGUGCGCUCGCGUCAGCUUUUGCUUGCGCUUGUUUUCGUUCUCUUUUCAGGUGAUAUUCUUUUGCAGUCACGUGACUGAAUGAGGUGCUUGCCCUCGUCUGACAGUCAUAUAGCUCGUUGUGUGACGCUGCUCUUUGACAGCUGCGGCGACUGGUGCUCAACUGCCCGCGAUGGACUCGCGGCGUUAGACAUUAGUCGUUAGACUCUUCGGGGCUUCAUCGCAAAUGCUCAGUUGAGUGAGGAAACGGCGGUUUCUUUUUCUAAGUAGUUAGUAGUAAAUGUUUAUUCCAUGAAGGGAUUGAAGGUUGAGUGGGUGGGGCCCUCUCUUUUUCUAACUUCCAAAAUAACUUGUUUACGAACAUUGCGAAAAAGAAAGUUCAGCGAAAACUGACGAGCUGUUUUAAAAUUGCUAAAUAAAAGUGUGUUGGCUGCAGUUUGUGUGAUUUCAAGUGCUGCUGCUCCACUUAUUGCGCGUUUUGCGCGACACCACAGGAAGCUUUGCUAGCGACUUUGUGACCAAGUAAG